AAAAUCUUUAUCUUUAUUUGCAUUAUAAUCAAAAAAACCUCUUUUAUCUUCUCUACCUAUAAAUCCUCAGUCUCUCUCUUCCACUCUGCAACACUCUCUACCUCACUCUGCAACCAAAUAUGUCACUAAGCAUGGCACCAAAGGAUUCAAGCUGGUGGGUUUUCACUCUCCCAGCAUUUCUGGGCUCGCAAACCCUCCUCGACGGAUACCUCAUCGUCACAAUCCUCUCCCUCUCAAUCUCCCUCGCUCUUCUCACCUGGGCCUUCUCCCCCGGCGGAACCGCCUGGAAGAACGGCCGCAACCGAGCCGGCGCCGUCGCCAUCCCGGGCCCACGCGGCCUCCCCUGCCUCGGCAGCCUCCUCGCCCUCAGCCGCGGCCUCGCGCACCGCUCCCUCGCCUCCACCGCCUCCGCCAUCAACGCCCGCCACCUCAUGGCCUUCUCCCUCGGCCAAACUCCGGCGGUGGUGGCGUCGGAUCCUCUCAUCGCCAAGGAAAUCCUCACCUCCCCUCACUUCGCCGACCGCCCCAUCAAGCAGUCCGCGCGCAGCUUGAUGUUCGCCCGCGCCAUCGGCUUCGCCCCCAACGGCGCAUAUUGGCGCCAGCUCCGCCGCGUCGCCGCGUCGCACCUCUUCGCCCCCCGCCGCAUCGCCGCGCACGAGCCCGGCCGCCAGAAGGACUGCGCCGCCAUGAUGCGGGACAUCGCGGAGGAACAGUUUGCGAAGGGCUCCGUCUCUAUCAGGAAGCAUCUGCAAGCCGCCGCCUUGAACAAUAUAACCGGCAGCGUCUUCGGCCGGCGCUUCGACGCGGAGAUGAGUGAGCUUCAAGAAAUGGUUAGAGAAGGGUUUGAGCUGCUUGGCGCCUUCAACUGGUCUGAUCAUUUGCCGUGGAUGUCUUACUUUUACGAUCCUCGCCGCAUUGUCGCACGUUGCGAGGCCCUCGUGCCACGUGUCAGAAAGUUCGUCGCCAACAUCAUCGAUGAGCAUAAAUCCAAAAUUACGUCUCAGGGAAAUGUGUCUGAUGCUGGUGAUUUCGUUGACGUUUUGCUGUCUUUGGAUGGCGAUGAGAAGCUCGACGACGAUGACAUGAUCGCGGUUUUAUGGGAGAUGGUAUUUAGGGGAACGGACACGACGGCGUUGCUGACGGAGUGGUGUAUGGCGGAGCUGAUUCUCCACCCGGAAAUCCAAUCGAAGCUCCGCCGCGAGAUCGACGCGGCGGCGGCGGGGAAGGCGGUGCUAACGGAUGCUGACGUGGUGGGGCUGCCGUAUCUGCAGGGGGUUGUGAAAGAGACGCUGAGGGUGCACCCGCCAGGUCCGCUGCUUUCGUGGGCCCGCCUGUCCACGUCGGACGUCCACCUCAGCAACGGGAUGGUGGUCCCAGCCGCCACGACUGCGAUGGUCAACAUGUGGGCCAUCACGCACGAUCCGGCGGUGUGGGAGAGCCCUUUGGAGUUCCGGCCUGAGAGGUUCGUGGCGGCGAUGGGCGGGGCCGACGUGGACGUCCGCGGCGGCGAUCUCAGGCUGGCGCCGUUUGGUGCGGGUCGGAGGGUGUGCCCGGGGAAGAAUCUUGGGAUCGUGACGGUGGCGCUGUGGGUGGCGAAGCUGGUGAGGCGGUUCGAGUGGACGGAGGACACGGCGGCGCCGGUGGAUUUGUCGGAGAAGUUGAAGCUGUCGUGUGAGAUGAAGUGCCCGUUGGCGGCGGUGGUGGUGGAGAGGAAUGUUCCAUGUUAAGGCUGUGUUUGGAUGUUUCUAAUUAUGUCUAUUUUUGUUUAUUUAAUUCAUGUUUUAGUAUAAAUAUAAGUUAGAUUGAUGAUUGCCUUAGUGUGAGUUUGGAGGAGGGAGGUUGUUUAGUGAGUGAUUUUAGAUUAUUAUAAUUGUUGACUCCAAAUUUUGAUGUGGCUUUCCCUGUGGAGUCAACAAUUUUAUGUUUUUUUGGUCAACCUUUGAUUUCUAAUUAUUAUAUGACGAUAUAUAGUUUGUUGCUACGUUAUUCCAAAACAUUC